AUGGUUGUUUGCAAUUGGCUGAUACAAGUGGUGAUUUCAUGGCAGUUCAACUACUGGUACCAGAGGUGGUUCGCGAUAUUUUCAUGUGUGGACGUGGCUGAGAGCAAUUUGCCCAAAAUCGGAUGGUUUAGUCCUCAAAAUGACCAGGCAUUGGUCCAUGACUGUCAGGAUGAUGGCGAAGGCGCAGCCGCCAAGGGGCAUGCAGCGCUCCUGAAGUUCGUAUUCCAGCAGAUUUUGAACACCUGCCCAGUUCCGCAUCGGAAGGCAGCAGGGACUUUGUCCGAGGAGGUGACGUUGUCUGAGGAGUUGGAAGGCAUCAUUCGGGGCCUCGCCGAGAACGGGGCCGCUGCAUGCUAUCCUUGGGACGCGUUAAGGAUACUACUCGCCGCAAAAUUGGAGAAAGUCCUUGCAGACUUUUGGCGGGAAGCACCUGAUUUAAAACUUCGUGAAGGUGAAACCUUUGGCGCUGCAGUGGAACCACUGACGCGGUCAUUGCUGGAACCACGAAGAGAAGGUCGUUGGCCCAGUGCGGCGUCAAGAUGUGGAUCAAGCCUUUGGGUACCAAGUGGAGUGGAAAAUCUAUGUGGUAUUGGCAUGAUUCUGGUAUGA